UUCCUCGUUCAAUGCUCAAUCUGAAAAACAAUUGCUUGGAUGAAAAAACACUCUAAAGCAUUAAACCGUUUCAUCCCCAAUAUGGCCGUCGCAAAUUCGAUAAGUGUGAGUUCUGUGGCCUUUAUUUGCUUUUUGACCUUAGAGACUGGAAAUGUUCACGCUCAUGUGAAGGUUCUUUCAUCCACUUGCAUGAUCCAAUUGGAUACAUUUGCUUCGUGGUUAAAAUGUCCCAACGAUGACUUAGCCCAAGGACAUGAUGGUCUUCGAAAUUCGCUGGAAAAAGUAUUUUGUUGUGGACCGUUGAGAAACAGGCAUUGUUGCCCUUUGAGCGAGAAAAUGUCAGAAGACCCACGAUUUGAUCCUCAGAACUAUCGGGAAGACUUGGCCUUUGAAGACAAAUAUGACGUUUAUGUGGACAAGAACCAUGAUGAUAUCCCCGUUGAUCGCCGUGGGGGCAGAUUUUGGAUGUACCUAUUGGCCUUUUCCCUCAUCCUGUCUUUUACUGCCAUAAGCAUGUACUUCUUUGGGGCGGUUAUUUGGAUGACCAUCACAGCAGCUUUGUGGUGCUGCUUUGGGUGUAAAGAAUCCUCGAAAAUGGAGUCAAACGAAACUGGAUUCAAACGAAACAAGCAAAGUAAGCAGGAGGAGGAGCAAUUGGUCCACGUGGUUCCAAGGAAAACGUACAAUACCAUUCGAGCUACUUCCCACGUGGAUUUGUACACUCAGGCUCCACCAAAGUACGAGUAUCAAGUGUGAUACGGGAAAAAACGAAGCCAUGAGUUAUGCUUUUAUGUCCCUUAUCUCUUUCUUAUGCAUGCUUUCAACAAAACUGAUGAACAUUAACUCAAAAUAGGUA